AUGAUGAUGGAUGCAGCAGCUCUGCCGGAAGGGACGGGCUCAUGCACGCAGUUCAACCUCUUGAAGGCAGGCUGUCGGUUGGAGAGGUCUUGUCAUUUCGUAUCUCUUUGCUUCCCAGCAAGACUUAGUUCAUCAGCCACGCAUUGUCAGGGAUUUGGCUUCAUCGACAUGGGCGGCGUCACCGUUUUUGUUCACAACUCCGACUGCGAACCCGGCAAGCAGCCCAAAGAAGGCGACGUUCUGACCUUCAACUAUGAGCCCAGGACUCUGCACGGUUUUGCUUGCAUUCCUUUGCUGUCCCACCUUUCUGACCAUGCCCGCAGGAGAAACAAUCCAGAGCAGAUGCAGGCCAGGAACGUGAAGGGCUGCUCUGCAGCAAGAACGGAUGCCUGGGGCCAGCCCGCCUUCCAAGGGCCGGUAGAAGGUACAGGCGCAUACUCCGGAAGCGUGAAAAACUUCGGCUCGAAGGGCUAUGGCUUCAUUGUCAUGGAAGAUGGCGCGGAGAUGUUCUUCAAUAUCAAGGAUUGUGUUGGCAGCAAGCCCCAGGCAGGAGAUACUGUGAAGUUCGACAUCGAGGAGAGCCCCAUCAAACCUGGCAGCAAGCAGGCCAAGAAUGUCACCGGAGGAAGCCAGCCUCUGGACCCUCCAAUGGGCAUGAAGGGUGGAUGGGGCCCCAUGUGGGAUGGAGGCAAGGGCUGGGGCGGCGCGUGGGGAUGGAACGGAGGCUGGGACGGCGGCAAGGGUAUGUGGGGAGGUGGCAAAGGUGGCUUGAAGGGUGGUAUGAUGGCCGCUGGACCAUAUGGAAAGGGUGGCGAUGCGCUGGUGCUUGCUCACCCUGUCGACGUGCAAGUGCUGCUAAGCCCGGAGCGGGCAGCCGAGUCCAAUGCGGGGCAGACUCAGGCACUCAAUCCGGGCAAGUGGACACUGAGGCUGGACCCGUACGGCCUGGCAGUCUGGCCUUCUGCUCUCGUCCCUGAGCACGAAGUCCUCGCGCAGGCGGUGGCAAGCUAUGCCAGUCACGCAGCCUCAAAGGGAGCUGGGUGCCGGUUGUGGGGUGGUCUCACUGGCUGCAAUUUCCUCAGCCUCCGAGCUAUCCUCAGUCUGCAGCUCUGGCUUGGACUGGGCUCACGGGUUGGCAUGCAGCUGCUGGACAUCUGCGACCUGGCAACUCCCCUUCCGCCGGCAAACCUGGUCGUUGCUGCGGAUGUCCUGUAUGAUGCCAAGACCGCGGAGGCCAUGGCGAACCGUGUCGUCUUGUUGGCGGAUGUGGGCCGUCCCAAUCGUGAUGGUCUCAGAUUCCCGAAGGCAAAACUGUUCAACGAGAUUCAAAGCUUUACCAGAAGCCUCCUCCGUGCCAAGUUUGCCACAGCAGGCUUUGACUUUCCUGUCUCGGGCUUGGCGGUGCAAGAGACAGCUGGUCCAAACGUGGAGCGUCGCGCUGUGCCGGUUCAGCUGCUGGAGACAGUCCUAAUGGCUCCAAAGAAGAGCGCGAAGCGCGUGAUCCAAGUGCCUGAAGAGGAGGAGCCGCCCGCAAAAAAGUUGCAGACAUCGCUCAAAAGGCAUGGUGUGAAGGAGCUUGCAUAUCGUCAAGUCGCAGACGUCUUCUCGCAUCCAGCGGCUGCACAUCUAUCUCAGGAUUGCAAGGACAUGUUCCUGGCUGCGCUACCCUUCAGUCUGGUCACCGCCUCCGAUGAAAGGAAUGAAUUCCAAGCUUCGCUCGUGUGCUUGGCAGACAAGGUGAUUAUGGGAGUGCUGGCCGGCAUGCAGGAGUCCUUGGACGGGGCGGAAGAGAAGCUCAAGGCAGCUGAUGCCGAGAAGGCCUGGAAGUGGCUAAGAUUGCGCGUUGUGGAAGAUUGUUGGGAAUGGCAGGUGCAGCUGGACAAGGCAUUGGAGACCGCAGAGGAGGAGCUCAAGUCAGCCAAGGCACCUGCAAGCGCCCUUAAAAUCUCCGAGAACUUCACAGUUCAAUGA